UCCCCGACGCCUGCCGCUAUAAGGCCGCCCGGCCUCGGCCCAGCCUAGGUCCUGACCGUUCCCUCCGCGCCGCGCAGCCUGCAGUACCUCCCUGACCAGUUGAAACCAUGGCAAGCCCCCUGGACCAGGCCAUUGGCCUCCUGAUCGGCAUCUUCCACAAGUACUCCGGCAAGGAGGGUGACAAGCACACCCUGAGCAAGAAGGAACUGAAGGAACUAAUCCAAAAGGAGCUCACCAUCGGCUCUAAGCUGCAGGAUGCUGAGAUUGUCAAGCUGAUGGACGACCUGGACCGCAAUAAGGACCAGGAGGUGAACUUCCAGGAAUACAUCACCUUCCUGGGGGCCUUGGCCAUGAUCUACAAUGAAGCUCUCAAGGGCUGAAGACAGACUGGGGAAGGUGGAGGCACCCCUCAGGGGCCUGUCUGGGUCACACCCAGUGUGGGUGAUUGUAAGAUAAAUAUAUUUUUGUUGUUGUUAACCUA